AUGGCGGACCUCGCUGCGGCCCCGUCUCCACGGCAGCGGCUGGACACGUGUUUGGCGCUUCUGGGCGCCGCUGCGGGUCGCCCCGAGCAGUUCCUCAGUGUCCAGGAGGGCCUUGCCGCUGAAUUCCUCACUUUGACCAAAACGCUCUACGAUUUCCAUCACGCCCUUCGGGGAGAAAUCGUGGCUGGGAGCCCUUUAGAACAGCUGGUGGUCGAGGACUUUGAUGAGGAGCAGAUCUGGCAACAGCUGGAGCUCCAGAACCAUGCCGUCCUGGGGUCCUUGAAGAAAGCGGUCGCGAGAAACGUUGAGGACGAGGGAAACGGGGUGCUUUCCCUUCUCCCAGACGUUGAGGAGGACGAGGAAGAUGAGGCAGGAGAUGGUGAGGAGGACAUGGACGCGGAGGACCAAGCGGGGAAGGAAGCCAGCAGCCGUCACAGCAAAGAGGAAGAAGAGCUUGGCCAAACAAGAACCAAUUUGGAAGCCUCCCAAAAUGUUCCUUUCAGCGACGAGGACUCUGAGCUGGACUUUGAUAUCGAUAGGUUAGAGCAGCAAGCCCAAAGGUCAAAGAGCGUGAGGAAAAAGACGGGGUCAGACUCCCUGGUGGACGACAGAUUUUUCAAACUCUCCGAGAUGGAGGCCGCUUUGGAAGCGGAGGAGAAAGAAGGGAGCAGAGAUAAUGACAGCGAUGGAAUAGAUUAUUUCGAAGAGAUUUUCUCUGAAGAUGAUGAUGACGACGAGGAGGAGGAGUUUGGAUCAAGGAAGAGGAAGUGUUGUUUUUUUUUAAUGUGUGCGUUCUCAGCUCCGAUGGUCACAGAAGAAACAACUCUUGAGCUGGAAGAUAUUAUCAAGAGAAGGAUAAAAGAUCAGGCUUGGGAUGAUGUCGUCCGUAAAGAAAAACCGAAAGAAAAUCCAUUUGAGUAUAAGAAGCGUUUGACUCUGGAUCAGGAGAAGAGCAAAUUGAGCCUGGCUGAAAUUUACGAGCAGGAAUAUUUGAAACUGAAUCAGCCUGUGCCAGAAGUUAAAAUUGUCUCCAAUCUCCCAGCAAUCACCAUGGAAGAGGUGGCUCCAGUACAUGUCAGCGAUGCUGCCCUUCUGGCACCUGAAGAAGUCAAGAAAGGCUUCUCUCCCCCCCCCCCUUUGCAGGAUGACGGCCGAGACAAACCUUUGAAGUCCUCCAAGGCUUUCUUCUCCCAGCUACAAGAUCAAGUGAAAAUGCAAAUUAAGGAGGCGAAGAAUAUUCAGAAGAGACCAAAAAAGCAGGCGCUCUCUGCCCAGAAGCUAAAGCUAUGAUACAUUAUGCAUGUCUUGUUUUGUAUAAAUUAAAAUAAGGGUUGGAUUCUU